CAAGUCAACUUGUUGCGGUGUCUGGUGUUUGAGAACGCACUUCUUUGAAUUCGUUAUACCUUUUACGAGCACUUUCACAGUAAUUAAGCCAUAUAUUUGGCUGGGCUACCGUUCACACCCAACGACAAGAUGGCUGUCUUACGAGCGGUGUGCCCUCGCUGGACAAAGUCAACCAGCACACCAGUAUCACGGUUGCUUUGCCGGCGAAAGUUUACCUCGUCAAAUCGUAGUAUGGGAGCCAACAAUGCAAAAUCAAUAUCGGAAGCAUUCUUGAACAAAUUCUCCCAGGGGCAAACCUUUGUCCGAUCCCAGCUUUUAGAUGCGAACCAGCUACGACUCUUCUCCCUCACCCUAGACAGGCCGCAUCUGUGGUCUAGCUCAAACAGUUCGAGCGGUCACGACUUGGAAGACAAAGAACCACUCUCAGGCACACCUAUCCCACCUUAUUACCACCUCGUAUACUUCACCCCAGCCCAGCUACCGGGAAGGCUAGGACUUGACGGUACGGACGCAUCAUUCAAUCCCGACGCCCCCUUCACGCGGCGCAUGUGGGCUGGUGGAUCUUGUCACUGGGUCGGAGCAAACCCCAACAAUGCGAGCACACAAGCCUUGCUCAGGGUAGGGGAAAUGGCCACCGAGACCACCAAGGUGUUGAGUUGCGAACCAAAAGUGAUUGGCAAGACGGGAGAAGACAUGUUGGUCGUCCGGGUUGAAAAGGAGUUCCGCAACAGCAAGGACGAGCUCUGUGUGCUGGACCGACGAAAUUGGGUGUUCAGGACCGCCUUGGACCCGACAAAGCCAGCAACCACCGUUCCGAAGCCUGCCGAGUUGUCAGUGUCGGAACUAGAGCAAGCGGCCACGGGAAAGGUUGUCCGGGAAUACAACCGGGAUGAGGCGAUGCUGUUUAGGUUUUCUGCAUUGACGUUCAACGCCCACCGAAUCCACUACGACAAGCCAUGGGCGAGGGAUGUCGAAGGACACAGAAAUGUGGUGGUCCACGGUCCCAUGAAUCUGAUGGCCAUGCUGGAUCAUUGGAGAGAUGCCAAAGCUCCCUCCCAGGACGGCGACGGCAUCUUCUUUCCCGAGAAGAUCGAGUAUCGAGCUACCAGCCCAGUGUAUGCAGGGGAAGCAUACCGUGUCAUGAUGGACGAAGACGCAGUUCGUCAGAAGGUUGCCGAUGUCAAUGUUGUCAGCAACGACGGGACUACUUGCAUGAAAGGAACCAUCAGUGAUUGGUCAUGAGCACCAUGAACUGUGUCGACAAUGCUCCAAGGGGCCUCGCAUCGCAAAGGGUGCAGUAAUCGAGCUAGGAUCGGAGGCCCUACAGCAAAGUGACAGGAGGUAUAGUUUGGUAUGAAGGAAGUUGUUCACCCAUGUACUC